AUGUUGCAUACGUGGAGUUUGGUUCCGAGAACGGAAGACAUGAAUGUCUUAAGCAGUAAUUGGGUCUUCACUCCAAAGAUGAAACCCAACGGUGAACUCAACAAGCUGAAAGCUAGACUUGUGGCCAAAGGAUUUGAACAAGAAGAGGGGUUAGACUACUUAGAGACAUACAGUCAUGUUAUCCGCACUGCCACUAUAAGGAUGAUUCUAGAUGUCGCCACAGCCAAAGACUGGCCCAUCAAACAGCUAGAUGUCUCAAGUGCUUUCCUACAUGGCGAGUUGAAAGAACCUGUUUUCAUGUUUCAACCUGCUGGUUUUGAGGAUCCGAAAAAACCAGAUCACGUUUGCAAACUAACCAAAGCGUUGUAUGGUCUCAAACAAGCACCGAGGGCUUGGUUUGACACUUUCAGUAACUACAUCAUCGAUUAUGGUUUUGUCUGCAGCAAGGCUGAUCCAUCUCUGUUCACGUACUACAAAGAUGGUAGAUCAAUGGCUCUUCUACUGUAUGUGGAUGAUAUGCUCCUGACGGGAAGUGACUCAGCACUGCUCCAAGAUCUUCUUGACUGUCUCAACAAACGAUUCUCAAUGAAGGAUCUUGGUAAGCCACAUUACUUUCUUGGUGUAGAGAUUGAGUCGUAUGAUGGAGGCAUGUUUCUUCAUCAGACCGCGUAUGCAAAAGAUAUACUACACCACGCUGCUAUGUCUGAUUGCAAACUAAUGCCCACACCUCUCCCUCUGGAGCUGGACACUCUCAGUCAAGAGCCGUUUCCGGAACCAACAUACUUCAGAAGUCUCGCGGGCAAACUACAAUACCUCACCAUUACAAGACCUGACAUUCAAUAUGCAGUCAACUUUGUGUGUCAACGGAUGCAUUUGCCUACUGUCUCUGACUUUCUUCUAGUGAAACGCAUUCUGAGAUACGUCAAAGGCACAUUACACAUGGGUUUGCACAUCAAGAAAGAUAGAGAGAUGCGUCUCCAUGCCUUCUGUGAUAGUGACUAUGCAGGUUGCAAAGACACAAGACGCUCAACGACAGGGUUCUGUACAAUGUUGGGGUCUAAUCUCAUCUCUUGGUCUGCCAAAAGACAACAAACUGUCUCCAAGUCAUCAACGGAGGCAGAGUACAGAGCUUUGACGGCAACAGCUCAAGAAAUAAUGUGGCUCUCGUAUCUAUUGAGGGAUCUUCGAGUGGAACAACCGGAGGCUACAAUUUUGAAGUGUGAUAACCUCUCAGCUGUCUACUUGAGCACAAAUCCUGCUCUGCAUAGUCGCUCAAAGCACUUCGAUACAGAUUUUCACUACAUCAGAGAGCAGGUGGCUUUGGGGAUGAUUGAGACUCAACAUGUUCCUGCGGUACAACAACUUGCAGACAUCUUCACAAAGUCGCUGCCACGAAAAGCCUUCUUGGAGUUGAGAGACAAACUCGGUGUAGCUGGUCCACCUACGCAGAGUUUGAGGGGGAAUGUUGGUGAGUGUGUAAGCUUGGGUCAUGAUGUUGGUAAAGCCCAAGAUGGAGAAAAUCCCAAGCUCAGUUUGAAACCUCAAGUGACGACAAACUCUGCAACGGAUACUUUGAAUGAGAGAAAGAAGGAAGAAAAGAUGCUCAAAGAUAAUCGCUUUGAAGCUCUGCUGUCGUUACCUAAUGACAGCUAA